CCAUACACGUCAUUUGAAUUCAGUAACUGAUAAAACAAAGAAAACUUGUGCAUGUUUGGGUUUGGGGUUUUUCUCUCUGAAAAGACCGAAAGUCCAAUUUUUCUCUGAAAGAAAAACAAAGAAGGAGAGGGCCACUUCAGUGUCUAAUACAAAAGGUUUGGGUUUUUCUUUGGCCCACCAAUAAAUGAAAGUCCAUCUUAACCACCUUGGCUUUUAUCUUUUCAGCCAAUCAAAAACUAAAGGCUGAGAAAAAAACUUGUGCAAGAGCCGAGCGGAGACCAUAAUCAUCGUCGUAUAUUUUGAAUUUUUUCCCAUCCAUGAAUGAAACCAAAGAUAAGGAUUUAAGCCGCACCCUUCACUAUUCCCUCUUCUUCUUCUUGUGAUGAAUAGGCUCUACCACCAAACAACACCUUGGGCUUUUCUCUGAUACUAAUUUUUUUUAGUUCAGUUCUGAAACUUUUCCCCAGAAAGCUUUAGCUCUUAAAAGCAUUCAUGUUCUUGCAGGUGAAAAUACAGAUGAAACACUUAUUUUAGUGCAGACUGUACUUUAACUUUAGCCAUUCAAGUUAACAUGACUCCCGUGAUCCCAUGUUCUAUUAACAACGUUACACUCAUUCCCGGAGCUGGCUUUUCAGUAAGGAAGAACGCUAGUCUAACAAGAUGCAGAUCGUCAAGGAAACACACAAGAUAUGCUUUACCCUCACAAAGAUUUAUCCUACCUCUGUCAACCUGUGUUACAUCAUUUCCACCAUACAGAACAGGGUAUGCUUUACAUAGAAAACCAGGAAUCCGUAUAUCAGCCACAGGGACUGAUGUAGCAGUGGAGGAAUCUGAUUCUUCUCUGACAGAAGUUUCAAGUGGAGGCUCAGAAAUACAAUUGGAUGCAAUUGAAACAAGCGAAAAACCGACUAGCAAAUCAGAUUCUAGUCCUGCACCAACUCAGUCCAAACGAACAAGACCUGUUAGGAAAAGUGAGAUGCCACCUGUUAAGAACGAGGAACUUAUUCCUGGUGCAAUGUUUACUGGGAAAGUAAGAUCGAUCCAACCAUUUGGUGCUUUUGUUGAUAUUGGAGCUUUCACAGAUGGAUUGGUGCAUGUUUCCAGGCUGAGCAAUAGCUUUGUUAAGGAUGUCGCAAGUUUUGUUUCUGUUGGCCAAGAGGUGAAGGUGAGGUUAGUUGAAGUAAACACUGAGAGUGGGCGGAUAUCUCUUUCCAUGCGUGAAAAUGAUGAUGCUAGUAUGCGCCAGCCAAGGAAAGAUGGUCCUGCCACUAUUGAUCGGGCAAGGCCUGCCAGGAAGAAUGCUUCACGGUCCAGCCAGAAAAAGGAGGAGGUGAAAAGCUCAAAAUUUGUCAAGGGACAGGACAUAGAGGGCACUGUGAAGAAUUUAACUAGGUAUGGUGCUUUCAUUUCUCUUCCUGAGGGAGAAGAAGGAUUCUUGCCCACAUCAGAAGAAUCUGAUGAUGGAUUUAUGAGCAUGUUGGGAGACUCAUCACUUCAGGUUGGCCAAGAAGUCAAAGUCCGUGUGUUGCGCAUCAAAAGGGGACAAGUAACCUUGACUAUGAAGAAAGAAGAGGAUGAUGACAACUUGGACUUACAGUUCAGCCAAGGUGAGGUGCAUGCUGCAACAAAUCCCUUUGUAUUGGCUUUCCGUAAGAACAAGGAGAUUGCUGCAUUUUUGGAUCAGAGAGAAAAGUCAGAGAAAAUAGAGGUUCAACCAUCUAGCAAUGAUGAAGAAAUGGCCACUGUCUCUACUGCAGUAGAUGAAAUGGUUGAAAAGGAAACAGAUACAGUAGCUGAUAUUGCAAACAAGGACAAGGAAACCACAGAAAAGGAAACAGAGGAGAGUUUUGAAGUUUUGUCUGCAGAAAGUAGUGCAGAAGUUCCCUUAGUGGAUGUGGUGGAAAGUGAUGAAACAGCUGGAUCAACUAGUGAAAUAAUUGAUCAAGUUAUGACUUCAGAAAAUUCAGUAGUUGAUGAAGAUUCCACAGCAAAAGAUGAAGUACAAGUAGAAACACACCUAGCUGGGGAUAAAACUCCUUCUCCUGCAUCAGUUCAAGAUGAAGAAAUUGGAGCUAUCCCUAAUGAACAAGUAGAAACACCCCUAGCUGAGGAUAAAACUCCUGUUGCAUCAGUUCAAGAUGAAGAAGUUGGAACCAUUCCUGAUGAAAAUGGCUGUGUUGCCAGCACUGGUGUACAACCUGAUGUUCCUGAUCCCAAAGAUUCCAAAGUGGAAAACAAUGUAAGUUCUGAUCCAUCUCAAGAAUCGGCUGAUGAUCAGAUUAAGUCUUUGGGAAGUGAAGCAAUUGAAGAAGCAGAGAAUCAAGUUGAGGAUACCAAGGAUGAAGUACAGAUAGAGAAACCAGCUCCUAAGAGCGAAAUUUCUUCUACUUCAGAAGUUGAAGAGGCAGAACCUGCAUCUCGAAAGAAUGGCGAGGUUACUGAUUCAAAUGGCUCCACCCCUAAGGAAAAUGUGACUAAAGCAGCAACUAUAUCACCAGCUCUUGUAAAGCAGCUCCGUGAAGAAACAGGAGCAGGAAUGAUGGAUUGCAAGAAAGCGCUCUCGGAGACUGCAGGGGACAUUGUUAAAGCUCAGGAGUUUCUCCGCAAGAAAGGCUUGGCAAGUGCAGAAAAAAAAGCCAGUCGAGUCACAGCUGAAGGAAGAAUAGGUUCUUAUAUUCAUGAUAGCAGGAUUGGUGUCCUAGUAGAGGUUAACUGUGAGACAGACUUUGUCUCCCGGGGUGACAUUUUUAAGGAGCUUGUUGACAAUCUAGCCAUGCAGGUCGCCGCCUGCUCUCAAGUACAAUAUCUUGUUCCAGAAGAUGUUCCUGAGGAGACUGUAAUCAGGGAAAGAGAAAUAGAGAUGCAAAAGGAAGAUCUCUUAUCAAAACCUGAGCAGAUCAGAUCAAAGAUUGUUGAAGGGCGGAUAAGGAAGAGGCUUGGGGAGUUGGCUUUACUCGAGCAGCCAUACAUUAAGAAUGAUAAGGUGGUGGUGAAAGAUUGGGUAAAGCAGACUAUCGCAACCAUUGGAGAAAAUAUAAAAGUGAAAAGGUUUGUGAGGUUCAAUCUUGGAGAGGGACUGGAGAAGAAAAGCCAGGAUUUUGCUGCUGAAGUGGCUGCCCAAACUGCAGCAAAACCAGUUUCUACCACUGGAAAAGAGCAAUCGGCAUCAGUGGAAGUCAAGGAAACCGAUCAGAAACCAACAGUAGCUGUUUCUGCCGCACUUGUUAAACAACUACGUGAAGAAACAGGGGCUGGGAUGAUGGACUGCAAGAAAGCUCUGUCUGAAACUGGAGGUGACCUCGAGAAGGCUCAGGAAUACCUUAGAAAGAAGGGUCUUUCAACCGCUGACAAGAAAUCCAGCCGACUUGCUGCUGAAGGCAGAAUUGGUUCCUACAUUCACGACUCUCGGAUUGGUGUCUUGAUUGAAAUCAACUGUGAGACUGACUUUGUUGGUAGAAGCGAAAAAUUCAAAGAGUUAGUUGAUGACCUAGCAAUGCAAGUUGUGGCCUGUCCACAGGUGCAGUUUGUAUCCAUUGAAGACAUACCGGAGAGUAUUGUGAGUAAAGAAAAAGAGCUUGAGAUGCUGAGAGAAGAUCUUGCAUCAAAACCAGAGAACAUUAGAGAGAAAAUCGUCGAAGGGAGGGUCUCAAAGAGGCUUGGAGAGCUAGCCCUUUUAGAACAGCCGUUCAUUAAGGAUGACAGUGUCUUGGUUAAAGACUUGGUGAAGCAAACUGUUGCAGCACUUGGAGAGAACAUAAAAGUCCGAAGGUUUAUUCGAUUUACUCUUGGUGAGACAAGUGAAGAUACUACUAAAACAGGAACUGAAGCAUGAACUUCCAUUAAUGAUAUCAGUGGGAAGCAUUUUGAGUAAUGGAGGUGACUGAGAUCCGGUUGGGGGUAGGAGUUAAUUUUGGACAAAGAGAAUAGUCUGAUUCUUUUUGUAUGUGAUGAAGCAGCAAGUUUUCAAUGUAGUGGUCAUCAUUGUAUGCUUUAAAUGGGAUCCUAAGGCUACUUUUGAUUUUGUAAGAUGAGAAGUGUCUCUUUUCCAAUUUAUUUUUGCAAAAUGGAAAUACUGUAAUGAGCAACGACUUAUUGAAUUAACUCAAAAGCUGACCUGGUACAGUGGUACUUGUAAGAGAACAAAGCUGACUAGGUACAGUGGUACUGGUAAGAGAACAGAGAUGGGUCCAGGAAAAAAACUUAAACCACGCUGGCUUGGGCCACACUUUCGGAUUACCAGCCGUUAACCGUAAGAGAGAAUUACGACCCCAAAUAAGAACAUUCCGGCCUGUUGGACACUAAAAAUCAGAUGUUGUAUACAGUAAUAGUUAUUACUUAAUUCCUGAGAACGUGAAUU